CUCAUUCACAACCCGCACUGCAAAUGAUGGCCAGAACUCGACACCAAAAGUCCACAACGCCCUACUUUUCGAAAAUUUCUCCCGAAAUCUUGCGCUCCAUAUUUGCAUAUUUCUGUCCUCACUGUUGCAACGAGUACCAGUGGCCUUUUGGAGCUCCCCAGCCGCCAAAGAGAGUUCAAGAUGAUACAACCCUGUACAAUCUAUGCCUGGUCUCGCGAUAUUUUCAACCCUUUGCCCAAGAGAUAUUACAUCAUUCGUUCGAUCCCUGUUUUACUAGUUGGGAUGCUCCUAAUCCGUGGGAGCGGCGUCUCGAACCAUUUCUUCAGACCGUCGCCUCGCGUCCGGACUUGGCUCGCUCCGUCAAGACUGUCUUUCUGAAAGUCCGCUUAGUGGAAUCACUCGACUUUGAUCAAGGCCGAAAAGCUUUCGAUACUUGUGCACGCACCUUCGGAAGUAGUGCCCGAGAUGUUUAUCACAAAGGUCACGAUACUCACUCGUCUGCUAUAAAGCGAGCGUUUUUUCGAGGGACACCUCCACCUCAAUACAUGAGGUCGCAAGACUUUAUCCCCAUAGUCGCAGGCCAACUUCUUUCCAUUCUGGUGUCCAUCCUCCCGAGCUUAGCUCACAUUGGUAUUGAGAAAGACUGGCGUUGGCAAUUCGACGUGUCUCCUGCUACUCUUGACGUCCUGGGUAUCAACUCUAUUCAGCUCAAGACCCUUGAAAGCAAUCGUGCGCUUGUAAGCUUGCUUUCUCGGACGCCGGAGCUUGAGACUUUGGUGACUUCUGGGUCAGGCGAGUUUCCGAAUAUGCCUUGCGUAAGAAACCUUCACAUUCGAUCUCAGGAGGCCAUUCAUGCCCUUGUCAUAGACCACCUUCUAUCAGCUUGCACUGGUACUCUAUCCACAUUUUCAUACACUGCAUUCGACUCUGACAUCGUGGGCGUUGUAAAUCUCCUCGACAAACCAAGGUUUCACGCCAGUCUCGAGUCUCUGCGCCUGGACAUGAGACAUCACGAUUUACGGGGGAAUCAUAAAAUACCCAGCUUGAAGCAAUUCACCCAACUCAAGAGACUCUUCCUCCAUACAUACUUUCUUUAUGGCACGGAAAACUCCGGGUGUUGCGGAGGAAAUUCUGUCGUCAAGUCUGUUGUUAAUAUCCUUCCGCCCAACAUCAUUUCUCUCGAAUUUUCGGAACAGACGGAGACACCAGAUGGUCCUAUGCAGAAGGAUCUGCUCAGCCUAGCCAAGAAUGUGGCUGCCGACUUUCCGCAUCUAAGGGAAAUUAAAAGCAAUGCUGAUCAUGUCUGCGAUGAGUAUCCUGAGACUCUGUUUAAGAGCGUUGGAGUCGACCUUAUACAUCAGGACCUGCCGAUGUGUUGCUGGAUAGAUACGGUUUUUAGGAUCAUGGGCACAGUGGAUUGGGACAAUUUGUGUACCGGUGGCGCCAAUAUGCCUUUACCUGGUGACCUUUCGGAUGAAGAUCUGUGAAAUAGACUAGAAGUAUUCAGAAUCAACAUAGGUAGAAGUUCUCUUAUAUUAUUUCAGCAUAAACAUUCCAUAUUUCCGCCGAUAUAUCAAAGGUGGGGGCAAGGAAAUCCAGGACCUCUAUCCUAAAU